GUCGGAAAACCGCAGAUCGUGACUCUUGGGAGAAUUCUAUUGCAUCCUCUCAGCUACUUCACCGCCGCCGAUGUUCUUGUCUCCUCCCGGCCUUUUCGCGCGUCCUGAAAAGAAAGCAAGAAGGACUGCUUUUUUUCCUGCUGUCUUUUCUCCUUUCCAGGAACAGGCACGGAGACGCUGUUGAUCAGAGCCUCGCGCUUCUGCUGCGCCUCUGUUCAGACGAAAGAAAUCCGGUCCCGAUAAAGAGAAAGCAGGAAGCGUCUGCUUUCGGAGCUCCGCAGACUUUAAACCGUGCCGAUAUUGCCUUGCGUGUCUCCUCUCGAUUUCCUAGGUUAAUUUUGUGCGCUGGAAAAACGCCUUCUCUGGCGACGGUCCAAGAGCUCUCCCCUGUGUCGAGACUCAACUCCGAACUGGCCUUCCUCGUCUUCAUUUUUUUCACACCCCCAAGACGCUGUUCUUUCUUCCCCCCUCCUGGAGACACUUUCUGCCCUGUGUUACUCCUUUCGUUCUCUCCACUUUCUCAUCUCUGCUUGUUCUCUUCAGUUUCACUUCUUUCCUGGUCAGGAGCUUCUCCUUUCCCCUAAAAGGCAUUAACUCACAGCGUUUCUCGUUCUGCUUCUUCUGUUCUUGCUUCUUCUUCCCUGUCUUCCCGUCUCCUUCUCUGCUUCUCUGUCGGCUACAUGGUCCCGCGGAUGUGGCGCGUCGGUGGUCUGAGGCGACCUUUCGGUGUUCGUCCAGACGUCCUUGUCUCCUGUUCUCUCCUCCUCUCCCCCAUUUUGUAUCGUCUGGCCUCCUCCCAUUCCACCUCAUCGGUUCCUCUAUUGUCCGCGGCUUCUCUCUUCUCCUCUGCCUCUCUCCUAUCCUCGGCUUCCCUCUUCUCUCCCUCCUCUGCUUCUUGUCCUCUUUCGUCCCCGUCGCUUCCUGGCUUUCUCUUUGCGUCCACGUUGGCCUCACCGGCUCGCGCGGAAGCGCCUCGCCUUCUCGCAGAGGCUUCGGAGAAUCAAGUAGCCGCUGUACCGCCAAGCUCGAAGAGCCACUCCACGCGUUUCUCCGUGUCACGUGUCUCUGAAGAAAAAGAUCGAAAUAUGGAGGGAGCAGCGGCCGCGUCUAAACAGGCAAUCGAGAACGCUGUGCAGGUGGCCUAUGUCACCUGCAAAGACAAGACACAAGCAGAAGAGGUUGCAUCCAAGUUGGUGGAGAAUCGCCUUGCUGCGUGCGUCAACAUCGUCCCUGGCAUCACGAGCAUCUAUGAAUGGGAAGGCAAGAUGGAAAAAGACGAGGAAGUUCUCCUGAUCGUCAAAACCCGCAAAGAACUGGCCGCCGAGGUCGUCGCUGCUGUGCGCAAAUGGCAUUCCUACGACGUUCCUGAGGUGAUCUUCCUCGAUGUCGCCGGCGGAAAUGAGCCGUACCUCGAUUGGGUCAAACGCAAUACGCAACGAACAAGGUAAAAGCUGACCAAGCUGCUGGCCGGUUUCGACACAUACAAGAUGGAUCACUCCCCUGCCCGUCACGAAUACCCGAGAACGCUGAGGAAAAUACUCUAGAGUGGAAAUGCGGAGUGGACUUGAAAGUUGUGUACUUUUGUGUGGAGUUGCAUGUUCACAAGCGCUGUCGCACUGUGGACAUGGACGCUCGGUCAUCUUUCUGCGUGUACGUUCUGCUGGCGUACACAAGCAUGCAGAUUUCCAAAUGUCGGCACUUGAUGACACAAAGAAAGAACACUCGAGACACCACUCUGAAUGCGUAAAUAGAUUUGCGCAGCUUGGCAUUCAAGAAGCUCGGAGUCUUCGAAAACCAGACCACGAGUGGUGG